AUGGCUCAGAAUCUGGUCGAUCUAUUUAAUCAAUUUGAGCACCAAACACUGGAAAAAGAUGCUUCUAAGGAUGAUUCAAGAGGGAGGGAUAGUUGUCAGCAAAAUGAAAUAGUUACUCUGACAGAGCAGCCUAAGGAACUGAAGGGAGGGUCAUUGUUUCCCCAUCAGCUUGAAGCACUCAAUUGGUUGCGGAAGUGCUGGCAUAAAUCCAAGAAUGUAAUACUGGCUGAUGAGAUGGGGCUUGGUAAAACUGUGUCAGCUUGUGCUUUUCUUUCGUCAUUAUAUUAUGAGUUCAAAGCCACUCUGCCUUGUUUAGUCUUGGUUCCACUUUCCACAAUGCCUAAUUGGCUUUCUGAGUUCGCAUUAUGGGCUCCUGAGUUGAACGUUGUGGAAUAUCAUGGGUGUGCUAAAGCAAGAGCCAUUAUUCGCCAGUAUGAAUGGCAUGCUAGUGAUCCGAAUGCAUUGAAUAAAAAAACAUCUGCUUAUAAAUUUAAUGUUCUUUUAACUACAUAUGAAAUGGUUCUUGCUGAUUCCUCACAUCUCCGUGGGGUUCCCUGGGAAGUUCUCAUAGUUGAUGAGGGUCAUCGUUUGAAAAAUUCAGGAAGUAAGCUUUUCAGCUUGCUUAAUUCCUUGUCUUUCCAACAUCGUGUACUGUUGACUGGUACCCCUCUUCAGAACAACAUUGGUGAAAUGUAUAACUUGCUUAAUUUCUUGCAGCCGGCUUCAUUCCCUUCACUAUCUUCAUUUGAGGAUAGGUUUAAUGAUCUUACAACUGCAGAAAAAGUGGAUGAAUUGAAAAAACUUGUUGCUCCACAUAUGCUUCGGAGGCUUAAAAAGGAUGCUAUGCAGAAUAUCCCUCCUAAGACUGAACGGAUGGUUCCUGUUGAGCUGUCCUCUAUCCAAGCUGAAUACUACCGCGCAAUGCUCACAAAGAAUUAUCAGAUAUUACGGAAUAUUGGGAAAGGGGUGGCACAGCAGUCAAUGUUGAACAUUGUAAUGCAAUUAAGGAAAGUCUGCAAUCAUCCGUAUCUCAUACCAGGCACUGAGCCUGACUCUGGGUCUCUAGAGUUCCUUCAUGAAAUGCGGAUAAAAGCUUCAGCCAAGUUGACUCUGUUGCAUUCUAUGCUUAAGAUUUUGCACAAAGAAGGUAACAGAGUCCUAAUCUUUUCACAGAUGACCAAGCUACUAGAUAUCCUUGAGGAUUAUUUGGCCAUAGAAUUUGGACCUAAAACAUAUGAGAGAGUAGAUGGCUCUGUUUCAGUCACUGAUCGUCAAUCUGCAAUUGCGCGUUUUAACCAAGAUAGAAGCCGAUUUGUCUUUUUGUUAUCAACACGCUCUUGUGGCCUUGGUAUCAAUUUGGCAACAGCUGACACUGUCAUUAUCUAUGAUUCUGAUUUCAACCCGCAUGCUGAUAUCCAAGCUAUGAAUCGAGCACAUCGAAUUGGACAGUCAAAACGACUUUUGGUAUAUAGGCUUGUAGUUCGUGCUAGUGUUGAAGAGCGCAUCUUGCAGCUUGCAAAGAAGAAACUUAUGCUUGAUCAGCUUUUUGUGAAUAAGUCGGGAUCCCAAAAAGAAGUGGAAGAUAUUAUAAAAUGGGGAACAGAGGAGCUUUUUAAUGAUUCUCCUAGCGCUGAUGGAAAAGAUACAGAUGAAAAUAAUAGUAACAAAGAUGAGGCAGUGACAGAUGUAGAACAUAAGCAUAGGAAGCGAACUGGUGGCCUGGGGGAUGUGUAUAAGGAUAAAUGUACAGAUAGCAGCAACAAGAUUGUGUGGGAUGAAAGUGCAAUUUUAAAGUUGCUAGACCGUUCAAACCUUCAGUCUGGAUCAACUGAUAUCGCUGAAGGAGAUUUGGAAAAUGAUAUGCUUGGCUCAGUAAAGUCCAUUGAAUGGAAUGAGGAACCAGCUGAAGAGCAGGGAGUUGAAUCACCUGUAGGUGCAAGUGAUGAUAUUUGUGUACAAAAUACCGAAAGGAAAGAGGAUAACAUGGUUACUGUUACUGAAGAAAAUGAAUGGGACAGACUAUUGCGUCUUAGGUGGGAGAGAUAUCAAAGUGAGGAGGAAGCAGCUCUUGGUCGGGGGAAGCGCCUGCGGAAAGCUGUUUCUUACAGGGAAGCAUAUGCUGCACACCCAACUGAAACAUUGAGUGAGAGUGGUGCGGAAGAGGAACGUGAGCCUGAACCAGAGCCAGAGCGGGAGUACACACCUGCUGGACGAGCUCUAAAGGCAAAGUUUGCUAAGCUCCGAGCUAGACAAAAAGAACGGCUAGCUCAGAGGAAUGCAAUUGAGGAAUCUCAUCCUAGUGAGGGACUGCCUGUUGAGUCACUUCCUCCAUGUCCCACCAAUACUGCCAAAGAUGGGGAUCAAGCAACUGGACUAGUUCAAUUUUUCAGAGAGAGGCCUUCAGUAAUUGACUUGGAGGAUAACAAGUUAGAUGCUCCCAAGGCCAAGACUGACUCUCCCUUACGGUUGGGCAGACUAUCAAAGCAUAAAAGCAGCCGCCUUGAUCUUUCUGUUAAUCCUCUUGACUACCUGUCUCCCGACAUUUUCUUUCCAAGUCACCAAUCUCAGGGAACCAGCAUGACCAACUCAGUGCCCCCAAAUAAUUUGUUACCUGUUCUGGGACUCUGUGCUCCCAAUGCUAGUCAAAUAGAAUCAUCAAAUAAGAACUUCUCAAGGUCAAAUUGCAGACAGAAAGGAGCUCGGCCAGAGUUUCCAUUUAGUCUAGCUCCUCAGUCUGGGACUUUGUCUGAGACAGACGUAAAUGGUGAUGAAGUGAAAUUAUCAGGUGCAUCAGCAGAAGUAUCACGUCUGAAGAAUAACAUUCCCAAUGGUGGUUUGCCAUUUAGGCCGUAUCUUCAGGGAAACAGUUAUGAUCGUCCAGAAAGUUCUGGUGCUGCUUUUUCAGAUUUCCAGGAGAGGAUGGCACUGCCUAACUUACCAUUUGAUGAGAAAUUGUUACCAAGAUUCCCGCUUUCAACUAAGAGCAUGCCAAGUCCACAUUUUGACUUCUUGCCUAGCUUGUCAUUGGGUAGCAGACUUGAACCUUCCAAUGGCUCCUUGCAAGAACUUCCAACAAUGCCAUUGUUCCCCAAUUUAAAACUACCCCCACAAGAUGCACCCAGAUAUAAUCAACAAGACAGAGAAGUGCCUCCCACCUUGGGUCUGGGACAUAUGCCAACUACAUUUCCAUCAUUCCCUGAUAACCACAGGAAGGUGCUUGAAAACAUAAUGAUGAGGACUGGUCCUGGAUCAAGCAACUUGUUUAAAAAGAAAUCAAAAGCAGAUAUCUGGACGGAAGAUGAACUUGAUUUCCUCUGGAUUGGUGUUCGUAGGCAUGGAAGGGGCAAUUGGGAUGCAAUGCUAAGAGACCCGAGGUUGAAGUUCUCGAAGUUUAAAACUUCGGAAGAUUUGUCAGCUAGAUGGGAGGAGGAGCAACUCAAGAUUUUGGAUGGGCCAUCUUUCCCAGUGUCCAAAUCAACCAAACGGACUACCAAAUCCUCACAGUUUCCAUGCAUAUCUGAUGGGAUGAUGGCACGGGCACUGCAUGGAAGUAGACUUGUCACACCUCCAAAAUUUCAACCCCACUUGACAGACAUGAAGCUGGGUUUUAGUGAUCUUACAUCUGGCUUUCCGCAUCUUGAAGCAUCAGAUAGACUUGGUUUGCACAAUGAGCAAUUUCCCCCGAUUCCUACCUGGUUUCAUGAAAAAUUCCGGGCAAAUUUUUCCGGAGAUUCUUCUGCUGGAGUUUCUGACAGACCAGGGACGUCUUCCAAUGUUCCCAUUGAGGAGCCAUUUGUUGUCACUUCUUUUGGAACCAGUUGCUUGGGUUUGAAUUCCUCAAGCAGCUAUGAUGUACAGAAGAAGGAAGAUGAACAGGGUGCCUAUAAGUAUGGGAAGUUGCCUUGUCUUCUUGAUAGAUCACUGAAUGUUUUACGUGAUAUGAAUAAUAAUUUGGGAAGGGGAGAACCCACCAGUUCAGGAUUUCUACCUGAUCCCAAGAGGGGGCUUUUAAAGGGGAAAGAUCUUGCUGGAAGUAGUUCUUCAAAGGACAAGCUACCCCAUUGGCUACGGGAAGCUGUAAGCGCUCCUGCUAAACCCCCAGCACCUGACCUGCCACCCACAGUGUCAGCAAUAGCUCAAUCUGUUCGGUUGUUAUAUGGGGAGGAUAAGAGAACUAUUCCUCCCUUUGUGAUUCCAGGCCCACCUCCUUCGCUACCAAAGGAUCCAAGACGGAGUCUAAAGAAGAAAAGAAAGCAGAAAUCACGUCUGUUUAGGCGGAUUCCACCGGAAAUUGCUGGAAGCAGCCAGGACUUCCAGAGCACGCACUUUGGUGACAAUGCUUCAAGCUCCAUUCCUAUGGCCCCAUCAUUUCCAUUGCUUUCACAAUCAAUGGUUGCAACUCCAGGCCUUUCACGGAUUGAAUCUGACCUCAGUGCGCCUCUCAGUUUAAAUGUGGCAAACCCAUCAUCCUCAUUGCCGCAUCUGAAUCAUCAGAAGAAAACAAUCAUGGGAAUGUCCCCUUCACCUGAAGUGCUUCAAUUGGUAGCAUCCUGUGUUGCUCCAGGCCCGCAUCUGUCAGCAGCUUCUGGCAUGGCAAGCUCAAGCUUUCAUGACCCAAAGCCCUUGUUGCCAAACUCAGUUGACCAAGUAGGACUUUUGGACUCCCAAACUGCAUUUGGAAGCAAGGAGGCUAAGCAGGGCUCACCUCUUAAGGUGUGUGAUUCACUUGGGAAAGAUAGAACAUGUGAUACUGAAAGUGGGGACUCCAGCAAGACUCAAUCAGAUCCCUCUAGGACAGAACGGCCCGAUGUAGAGGAAAUUUCUUCUGAGGGUACUGUCUCGGAUCAUCCUCUGAGUGAUCGGGAACCGUAG